AGAAAAAAGAAAAAACAUAUUUACACUUUCAAAAUACAUCUUCACAUAGUCUCUACCUCCUUCCUCCUUCUUCAUCUUCACAAAUACUUCCAACUACUAUCACUAUUUUCAACGGCACAUGACAUUUUGCCAUGGCGAAUUGUCUUUUGGCGAAACGGUUUUUUACCGUCAUGGCGGACCACUGUUUACCUCUGGAAUGAACUGAAAACCUUUUACUAAAUCAGUUUUCAAUGCUGAUUUAGAAAAAUAUAGUUCGAACCUUCCAUCUUGCAAUACAAGCUCAAAAAGUCAAUUCCACCAUAGGGGACGGUUUUUUGUAUUUUUGAGAUCCUCUCAGUAAUUUGAGUUUUUCUCUAUGAAGAAAUGGCUUUUGAAGGCUCGGAAGGUGUUAUUCGUAAUCAGCUCGUUAAGCUGAAUCUGAAUAUGUAUAAUAAAGCCAGAAACAGAUUCCACUGAAACUUUGCAUUACCUGCACCUUAUAUUAAAACAGCAGUUCUUUCGGUUCAAGGAGCUGGGUUUUCACGUUUGACAAGUAUGUCAUGUCAUGCACAAAGAAGAAUGAACAUAAUAUUUUUUGCCUUCUUUUAGAGAAAAUCGAAGCACAGUCCCUCAUUUGUCAGCAGCAACGACGGCUAAUCAAACUGAUUCCACUAUGAAUACGGAACCAUACCACAAAAACAACUAACUAAUCACAUUCGAUUGCAGAAGUGACGAACGUAAAUCAAAAUGUGGCAGACCUAGAUGAUGAAAGUGAUAUUCAAUUACUAACCGAACAAGUAACAACCAUGUCAGCUAUAUCGUUUCGCAAACACCAGCAACAAAUAUCCAAACAAUUCACGUUGAACGAAGCUCAAACUCGCGCGUUUAUGGUCAUUACCAAUCAUAUCAAUGGAGGCAACCAUUUGAAAAAAGGCAAUGAACAAGAUCAGUUAUUAAUGUGUGUAGCUGGUCCUGGUGGUACAAGAAAAUCUCAACUGAUUUAUGCAAUUACAGAAUAUUUUUCAAUAACAAAACGCAGUCAUGAACUACGAAAACUAGCACCAACACCGAAUGCUGCAGCCCAGAUUGACGGUCUCACAAUUCAAUCUUUCACAUCAUACAGAAAUCUAAGAAAGGUAAGCGCAGCUCAACGAACAACGAUCGAAAAUGCUGGCGAAAUAUCCGAUAUAUAA